AUGGUAUGUGCAGCCGAUGAUGGAAUCGAGAGCUAUUGGAUGCAAGUACUCAUCGAAUCGCGCGGCGCACAGGAAAGGUUGACUGCUUUAGAAGACAUCGAAGACUACUGGCCACGGCGGCUGCUACACAUCCCGACACUGACCUCAGUCGAGAGAGACGAGAACAAUGUCUACGGCGCCACCGAGAAGCCAAAGUACAGCAUCCUCACUUACACCUGGGGCCGCUGGAAAGUCAGGAAUGGCAACGACGACACCGCUGCGUUGCCGGUGAAGGGCGCUCCGUGGAAGAUCCCCUCGAUACAGGAGGCUCAUUUCACGGUGGCCUCGUUCCGAGCCGUCAUCGAAGCUAUGGCGUCUCAAGACGUCCAAUGGGCUUGGGUCGAUAUCGCUUGCAUACACCAAGAAGACGAGAUCAUGAAUGCUGAAGAAGUCGGCCACCAGGUCGCCAUUUUCGAUAAAGCAGUCAAGGCGCAUGUUUGGCUAUCUGGGGCUAAUCACGAGAGUCUCACCAAGGCUUUUUAUACCAUAAAUGAAGAAAUAGGAUACCUUACAUUCAGCUCGUUCCGUACAACAGAGAACUACUUGUCGGCCUUGAUCACGACUUGGGCGGACAUUCACCUGGAAGAGAUUAGGAUGGCCACCACAUGCAAAGCAAUCGAUCGUAUCAGUUCCGGGCUCCUAAUUGUGCUGCAGGACCCUUGGUUUUCAUCUCUCUGGACCCUGCAGGAGGCCGUACUGCGCAACGAUGCUCUGAUCCUGAGCUCAGAAGGACUUCCCUGCGUUUGGACCACGACCGGUGACGGCAAAGAAUACCAAGCUCAUCUCUCCAUGUUUGUCAAUGUCUGCAACAACAUUUACUUGGAUCUCAUCAACAUGCAGAGAGGCAUCGAGUACCAUGAGGUUACGGGUAACGCCCUAAUGGACUGGGAAUUCGAUCUGAAAAGCAAGAUUGACAGCAUGCUGGCGCUGCUCAUCCGUUCGGGCACGUACAACUUGCCUACAUCAAACCCGAACAUCCCAUACAGCAUGGCGCGGUACAGACAGACCUCCAGACCGGUGGACCGCAUCUACGGAAUCAUGCAGACGUAUAACCUGCGUGUGGGCAAGGUCAUUCGGCCGCAAGACAACCCGUCACUAGCAGAUCUUGUUCAGGAAUUUGCCGUGGCAAUUGCCACAAAGAACCCCAUUCUCUGCCAGCUUUUUGUUCACACGAAAAAGGCAGACAAGCUUUCGAGCUGGCGCAUCACAGAAAAUUCGUUUGUGCCGGCCAACUUUAGGACACCGACAAACUACAUUUUCCGGUCCAAGUUCUAUCCACAUAGCCACGAGAUCAUGAGGGCAUCCGGCCGUGUCUGCCGUUUGACUGAUGCACUCAGGGUGCAAGACGACCUGGUUCAAUUCCUCCACCGAACAGAUAAAUCCGGCAAUGUAAUGUUCAUAGACAGGGUCUACAGCAAUGGUCGCAUAAGGAUCAUGACGGACGAGGGCUUCACGAAAGAGCAUCUCAACCUCAAUGGCUACUUGUGGCAGCUCGGUAUACCCGGGUUUCGUUGGCUGUUUCCUCUCAGCGCCAACUUGCCGAUUGUUCUCCGCGACUUGUGGAUAUUCCAUCUUGGAGAUGUCGACGGCGAUUUUGACUCACGGAUCAGAAAGCAUGUUCCGAGGAGCGUUGGUGUACUGCUUCGUCCUGCAUAUGAGCCAACAGAAUCAGCUAGAGACGGGGCUGACUGGGCUAAUGUUCCUCACACGCGAGUCGGACUUUGUACAUGGAGUCCAUGGGAGGAUGAGGGCCGGCGGAUGAUGGAUAAAGAUGUCAAAUGGAAGUCUGUGGAUUUCGAGUUUUUUUAG